AUGAGCAUGCGCCCCGCGCGCUCCGGUGCCCACGUGCCGGCCCUCCUGCGCGCCGUGGGCAGGGCGUGUUGGAACCACUCGCCGCUUCCCGCGUCGGCAGCCGCAUCCCAGCGCCUCGUCCCAGACCAUUCCGGUUCCGCCCCUCGCCGUCCACCCUCUCACCCGCUCGCCUCUCGCCCGUUUCUGUCCCUUCCUCCGCCCGCCCCUCUACUGCUGCCCGCCUCACUCCGCCAACCCCCUGCCCGCCACCUGUGCACCGAGGGGCCUGCGGUCGGCAAGGCGCGCGAGCAGACAGCGGGGCCAGAAGCACCAGCGGCUGAGGCUGAGGGGGGAAUGGCGCAGGGUGCGGGGCAGGAGGCGGAGGGCAGAGUUGGCGGCGAGGGGAGUGCGCAGGAGGAGGAGUGGCGGCGGCAGGCGGAGGAGGCGCGGGAGCGGCUGCUGCGCGCGUACGCGGACAUGGAGAACCUGCGCCAGCGCGCCCAGAGAGACGUCGACGCCGCCAGGCUCUUCGCCGUGCAGGUGCCACCCGUGCAGGGGUUUGCCAAGGGGCUGGCGGACGUGGCAGACAAUCUCUCUCGGGCCGCCGCCUCUGCCUCCCUGCCGCCGCACCCCGCCUCCCCCGACAGUGGGCAGGGCAAGGGCGGGGAGGGUGGGGGUGGGCGCGACCCGGAGGCGCUGCUGAAGUCGCUGUUGGAUGGGGUGGAGAUGACGGAGAAGCAGCUCAUGCAGGUGUUUCGGCAGCAUGGCAUGGAGCGCCACGACCCCAUGGGGCAGCGCUUUGACCCCAACCUGCACAACGCCGUGUUUGAACUCGAAGACCCCACCAAGGAGCCAGGCACCAUCGCCCACGUGCUCAAGGUGGGCUACACUCUUCACGGCCGUGUGGUGCGCCCAGCCGAUGUGGGCGUGGUCAAGGGCACCGGCGCGGGGAUGGUGGCGAAGAGAACUCGACAGCUGGUUAUUGUGAGACGCGCGGCUGCUGCCGCCCCUGUUGCCCCCCUCCACCCGCUCCUGCUCGGACCGCUCUCGCCCGCCUUCAUCUGCGCGCGCUGCGUGCCGCUGCCGCCUCGCCCUGCUCGUCCAUCCGUCCCCCUCUCUCCUUCUCUCCGUGCCCUCACUCUCUCGUGCAAGGCCGUUGCUCGCCUUUUCGUGCCAUGCACCCUCAUCACAUGCCGUGUUGCCACAUGGUGCCACGUGGCAGGGCGUAUUGGCGGGCUGCAUCAUCACCGCUAUCCUCUAUCUCUUCGCCGUGCUCCAGGUGCGUCGAGCAACAUGUGGGGCAGGAGCGCAGGAGGCCAUCAGUGGAUGUGGACGCGCGCCUCCGCGCCAUUGAAGGUCGCCCACCCAUCGCCUUCCACCCAUCCCCUUCCACCCAUCGCCUUCCACCCAUCCCCUUCCACCCAUCCCCUUCCACCCAUCGCCUUCCACCCAUCGCCUUCCACCCAUCCCCUUCCACCCAUCCCCUUCCACCCAUCCCCUUCCACCCAUCCCCUUCCACCCAUCCCCUUCCACCCAUCCCCUUCCACCCAUCGCCUUCCACCCAUCGCCUUCCACCCAUCCCCUUCCACCCAUCCCCUUCCACCCAUCCCCUUCCACCCAUCCCCUUCCACCCAUCCCCUUCCACCCAUCCCCUUCCACCCAUCCCCUUCCACCCAUCCCCUUCCACCCAUGCCACUCACUCCCAUGCCGCUCACUCCCAUGCCGCUCACUCCCAUGCCGCUCACUCCCAUGCCGCUCACUCCCAUGCCGCUCACUCCCAUGCCGCUCACUCCCAUGCCGCUCACUCCCAUGCUGCUCACUCCCAUGUCGCUCACUCCCAUGUCGCUCACUCAUGUCGCUCGCUCCGAUAUGCCUCCAUCCGCAUUGCUGCCACCGCUUGCAUCCGUCAUCUUCACCCUCCCUCCCACUCUCCCCAUCGCUCUCUCCAUCAUCUCGCUCUCCGCCCAUCCCUUAACCCCUUGCCUGCGCCCCCCUGCCUGCCACCCUGCCUGUGCCCGCCUGCCUGCGCCCCUGGGUGGGAGAGCAGAGCAAGUGGCGCGGAUGGCAGCGGCGGACGUGGUGGGGGUGGUGAGGGAGGAGGUGGGGCGCGUGGGCGGGCAGGUGGAGGCGGUGCAGGCGCUGCAGCGAGCCAGCGCGCAGGCUGGGGGGGACAGGGGGGCGGCGCUGGAGGCGCGUGCGAGGGAGGCGGAGGAGAGGGCGGCGCAGCUGAACGACACGGUGGGGCGCCUGCAGGCUGCUCUCAGGCAGCACAGCGCCACCAUCGCUGCUCUGCAGGCAGCGGAGCAGGCAGCAGGGGCGGCAGGGAAGGAAGGGGGGAGGCCACUGGGAAGGACGGUGGUGGAGGAGGACCACCCGGGGCGAUGGAGGCAGCACACCUUCCACCGCACCGGCGCCUAUGGCUUCAUCCAGUACAGUGCGUACCGUAUGUCAGCGGCGCGCAUAGCGGUGGUGGGGAUGGGCGUGCUGGGGCUGCGCAGCAAGCGGCGCGUGGAGGGGUGCUGGUGGCACCGCCUGGACGGGCACACGGUGAUCGCGGGCAAGCUCACACAGAUGGUCAUGGAGGAGCACCACAACUACCUCUACGAGCUGGUGGUGCUGCAGUGCGCGCUGGAGGAGGAGGUGGCGGAGACGGGCGGGCAUCUGCGCAUCUUCCUCGACCGCCAAGUGCUCUUCCCCUUCCGUGAAGACACCAAGGAGAAGAUAGACAACGGCACGGGCCCCAUGCCGUACCACUUUGCGUACUGCGGCCCCCCCAUGCACGCGGAGAUGGAGCAGCGCAGCGUGCAGCAGUUCAUCGCCUACCACCGCUACGCUGCCGGCUACGACCACUUGCAGCUGUACGACGCCACCGCCGUCACGCCCGCCCUCACAGCAGCGCUGCAACCGCUCAUGGACGACGGGCUGCUGACCAUCGCUGACUUCCGCCAGGCGUACCAGUUUGACUCGUGGUACUUCUCCCAGGCGGUGGCGAUGCACGACUGCAUGUACGGCAUGCGGCAGAGGGCGGACUGGAUAGCCUUCCACGACCUCGACGAGUACCUCGCGCUGCCCCCCCCCGCCUCCGUGCCCGCGCUGCUGCAGCGCUACGCCGCACUGCCGUACAUGACACUGGGCAUGUACGUGUUCAGCGCGCACCUGUGUGAGGAGGGCCCCGCGGACGUGUGGAGCGACGAGGAGAAGCGCUUUGCGGUGGAGCGCAUGGUGCAGCGGCGGUCGGUGCCGUACUGCCUGCGUGCCGAGGACGACCCCAAGCUCUGUAUCGACUACUACGGCCAUCGCAAGAUGUUCCUCAACCCCCGCAAGGUGGAGGCGGUGUACGUGCAUCUGGUGGACAAGCCGGCCACGGGCGGGGUGGACCUGAGUGUGGACGACAUGUACUUCGCCCACCUGCGCUCGCUCAACGGCAAGGGACUGGCGUGCCGCCCGCCCACAGACAAGGAGAACGACCUGCCGCCCGCAGAGCUGGAGAAGUGCACCACUGUGGCUGACACCGCUGCCCGCGCCCGGGAGUGCGCCCAGGAGGGCUUCUCCAACCAGUUCCUGUGCAAGCCCAGAGCCACGCGCUAG